CAAAUGAGGGACUGAGGGGUAUCGUCAUCGUUCAUUAAGUAACUUUGAAAGGAAGGCUGAGUAGGCGCUUGUUCAAGGCGUCCAUUAUGUCAAAGGACGGAACUUCAAAGAUCACAGAAUGUGAUCGAGGUAAAUUGCAGUUAUAGAAGUCCACGAGGGCACAUGCAUGCUCCGAAGAUGUUCAAGCGUCCUUGAGCUCUUCACUCGUUGGUGUGAUCGGCUAGCUACCAGCCUGCUCUUGCCGCCAGUGAUGGGCGUCCAUAACACUGCAACUGCCCACUACCCACUGCCUGCGGGCGGUAGGACUGACAACAUUCCAGCGGAGGACUUCCUUGGCAAGCGCCUCAGUGUAAGAACCGGGGAGGGAGUGGCGGCCGGUGAAGGAAGGAAGGCAAGCACGCACUGUAAGCAGCAAAAGUGAUGGCGAGUUCGUAUGAGUGAAGAAGACGGUUGGACUUACCUAAGAAUCAUCGUAGCUGCAAAAUCUGUGGAUGUGAUGGGUAAGGAUACGCUGCUUCAGUCCCAUCUUAGUGCGAUUUUUCAAUUCCACCCAGUGCUGACAUCUUUAACGGUUUGCGCCAUACUGGCAGCGAUAUCCAAGUUAUUGUCCGUG